CCCGCCGUGCGGCGGAAGUGGCGUGCAGCCGGCGGGGGUGGCCGUUGAACGGCGGAGACUUUGAACGGCGACGGCGGGGCCGCGGCCAUGGAGCCCGGGGCGGGAGCGGGCCGGCAGCGAGCGCUGCUCCGGCAGGUGCUGGGCUGGAGGGUGGCGGCCGCCGUCGCCUGGUCCGUGCUGCUGCUGCCCGUGUGCACCGCGGCCUUCGUCGUGCUCAGCGGUCUCGACCCCUUCCACCCGGUGCGCUGGAUCUCCAAUUCUUUCAAUGAUUUAUAUACUUCCUACGUCAUCUUUUGUAUCCUCCUUAUGUCUGUGGUGAUACUAGUAGUAAGCAUCUUCAACGUUGAGUUUUAUGCAGUCGUGCCAUCAAUACCGUGCUCUCGAUUAGCACUGAUAGGAAAAAUUAUUCACCCUCAGCAAGUUAUCCAUUCAGUUGUUCAUGCUAUCAUGGGAAUGUUGGUUGCUUGGUGUGCUGCAGUGAUGACAAAAGGGAAGUUCCAGUUUCUUGCUGUGCCCUGCACACCUUCAGAGAGCCUAGAUGAUGCUGUUCCUCAGAUGUGCCUAAAUGAGUAUCACCUCUUUUUUCUACUUUCUGGAGCUUUCAUGGGAUACAGUUACAGCCUUUUGUAUCUUAUUAACAACAUGAAUUAUUUGCCAUUUCCAAUCAUACAGCAAUACAAGUACUUGCGUUUCAGAAGAUCUUUGCCUCUCCUCAUUAAACACAGUUGUGUGGAAUCACUAUAUUUUGUUAGAAACUUCUGUGCCACAUAUUACUUUUUUGGUUACAUCCCGAAGGUAUGGAUAAGUACCACAAUGGAUCUUCAUAUAGACAGUAAAUUGCAUCCUCUUGACACUCUGACUGGCUUAUUGGAUCUCUCCUUGUUUUACCAUGCCUGGUUAUGUGGCGUGUUUCUCCUGAUUACCUGGUACAUCGCAUGGUUACUCUUCAAAAUCUAUGCUACGGAGACACAUCAUUUUCCUGUCCAGCCAACUUUUGCUGAGGAGACAGACCAGUGCCUGCCUAAAAUCUUAAACAGCAAUCCUCCCCCCAUUAUAAAGUUUUUAGCCUUACAAGACCUGAUGUUACUUUCCCAGUAUUCUCCUGUUCGACGACAAGAAGUCUUUAGCCUUAGUCAGCCAGGUGGGCACCCGCACAACUGGGCUGCGAUAUCAAGGGAGUGUUUGAAUCUUCUGAGUGAUCUGACCCAGAGGCUGAUCACACAGCAGGAAGCUGCAGCAGCAAAUGGGAGAGCAAAGCAGCCAGCAGGAGAGCUGAAAAUACCUCCCCAGACUCCAGGAGCUGUUGCAACAGAAGGCAUGUCUUUCCAGUCACAGAGAUCGAAUAUCAUUCCCAGAGCUUCCAUGUCUUCAAUGGUUAAAUCAUCCCUAAUGUCUUUAAAGGCAUCGCCGGGGUCUGAUGUUGGUUCACCUUUCAGCUCACCUGCUUUAAAUGGCAAGAUGGGAAUUCUGGAUGUAAAAUCUUCUUGGCAUGGAUCAGCCCAAAGUCCUCAUGUUAUGAGGAGGGGCCCAAAGCUGUGGACGUCAGUUACAGAUCUGCACAUGAAUGGUUCUCACCACGAAUCCUUCCCAGAGCUCUCUGCUGCAAGAGCUGGCCAUGAGGCAGUACAGCCAAGAUUUAUUUACACAUGGCUUCAGAACAAGCAAGAACAGAUAAAAAACUUCUUGUCAAAACGAGUGCUGAUAAUGUAUUUCUUCAGCAAGCACCCAGAAGCUUCCAUCCAAGCUGUUUUCUCUGAUGCCCAAAUGCACAUCUGGGCUUUGGAAGGUCUGUCUCAUUUGGUAGCAGCCUCCUUUACUGAGGACCAAUUUGGAGUUGUCCAAACUACACUGCCAGCUAUCCUGAACACCUUACUGACUCUUCAGGAGGUUGUAGACAGACACUUCAAACUGCCUCAUGUUUCUAGCAAGCCCCCCCGGGUGUCAGGAAGUCUGGUGGACACAUCCUACAAAACUCUACGGUUUGCACUUAGAGCAUCUCUGAAAACAGCCCUGUACCGGAUCACUGCUGUCUUUGGAGAGCACUUGAAUGCAGUGCAGGUGUCUACAGAACAUAAGAAAAGACUUCAGCAAUUCUUGGAAUACAAAGAAUAAGUAACAGAUUUUGAUGCUGCUGCAUCAGUUUUUUCCAACACUCUUGGUAAGAAGGAGUUGGGACUAAUGAGCCUUGUUAUCCUGGCUUUUUGGACAAGUGUAUGGAAGUACAUGUCACUGGACAAAACUCUUAAAACUGUAGAAGAGCUCUUCCAGGUUUGGAUCAUAUUUUGUAUAAUAAAGCUUUUUUUUUAAAUUCAUCUUGCCUUCUUUUAAUAUCUCUUGCGAAUGAGAAAGUGUCAGUUCUUAUUUUACGUAAGGCUCUGACAUUUGAGAUUAUCAGAGUUACUUUGCCACUCAGAUCUUUCACUGGUUUUCGUGAUGUAUUCUUUCCCUACCCUUUUCUGCCAGAGGGCUGAGUAGAGAUUUACAGAGAUACUUAGUGGGCCUAAGUGUUUCAUAAAUUUAGUUGGUAACACUUUUAGUGCAGAUGAAGCGUGUUCUUUAAGAGUAGGAAACA